AUGAGCAAAGGCAGCAUCAUUGUGACGAGCGAGGCACGCUACAAUUACAUGCCAAACCGCACCAUUCUCGACUUCUACUCAAAAGAUCUCAUCCCAUCAAUAUUUUCUGCCAUCACCGAAUCAAUCAAAGUACAAAACAGCAGCGACUUGCAAAUUGAAUUUCCGAAUCAAACAGACAUAUACGAGAACGGCACAGGUAUCACGGCAGAAGAGUUUUUAACCUAUUACAAGUGCAACACGAAUUAUAGUGGCUACACUGUUGCAUGGGGCAGCAAUGGGGGCGUGCAGUGCCACUCGCAAUGUGCCAACGCCAGUUACUGUGGAAACGGUACCAACAUGGAGUGCGUCAAUCUCAAGGAUGGUCCGGCCUGCCUAUGUAACUCUGGGUACCAAAUGAAGCUGGCAAACAGCAGCUGCGCGGACAUUGACGAGUGCUCGCAGGUCAAUGAUUGUUCUGCAGACGCCACCUGCGCCAACACGGACGGAAGCUACACGUGCAGCUGUAACGAGGGAUUCACCGGCAACGGGACGUACUGCGAGCGCAUCGAGGCCUGCCUCAAUCUCACCGGGCUGCAGAACUGCUCCUGCAGACCGGGCAUGGUCAGCAAUGGAAAUUUUUGUCUGGACUUCGACGAGUGCGAGAACCAAAGCUCAUGCUGGCCCAACUCGCAUUGCCAGAACACCUUCAGCAGUUUCACCUGCAUCUGCAAUGAGAACUACACAGCCGUCGGGCAGUCAUGCAAGCCGGUGUGCAGGAGCGUGCCGUGCCCCAGUGACCCGUGCGUUAACGGCGGGGCGUGCUACGUGGACGGCGCGGAUGGAGGCUGCAGCGCCUCAAAGUGCUCGUGCACGCCGGUCACCCAAGGCGACAAGUGUCAGUUCGGGACCCUCACCGUCCCAGUCUCUCGCAAGCCAGGAGCUGUGAAGGUGAAAUACAUGCUGAAACUAUGGUUCAUUUCCCAGCAAUACAUCAACAUCACAGACGCUGUCAAAGCUGACAUGACAAAUGCGGUCAUCAACAAACUGAAAAUAAUAUCUGGGUUCAACUCAGUAAUUCUUGAAAACUUCAGCUCUACCAAGAACUCCACAAUUAAAUCGAACUGCACGGCCUACUUUGACUAUCCACUCGACAGCAGCAUCCAUUCCAUCUUCAACGGGACCCAGCUGGCCCUCAUCAAGUCCAAGUUUGGGCUGACACGAUACUUGGGGGACAUUCUUCUGGAAGACAUUCAGCAGAUACUCGUUCCACAAAACCAACUGGACCAGGUGUACAACUGUGACACAACGUUCGUGGGAUACAUAUUGACCCUGCCAGAGACCGGCCCCGUGUGCCUGUCCCCGUGUGCCAAUCAGAGCUACUGCAAUAACAUCGGAGAAUGCCAACACCUCCGUACGGGCGCUGUGUGCGUGUGUAAGUCUGGGUACCAAAUGAAGCCGGACAACAGCAGCUGCUUGGACAUUGACGAGUGCUCGCAGGCCAACGCCUGUUCUGCGGACGCCACCUGCGCCAACACGGACGGAAGCUACACGUGCAGCUGUAACGAGGGAUUCACAGGCAACGGGAUCGUCUGCGAGCGCAUGGAGGUCUGCCUCUACGUCCCCGGAGUACAGAGCUGCUCCUGCAGGCCGGGCAUGGUCACAAGUGGCAACGCCUGCGUGGACAUUGACGAGUGCAAGAACAAGACCGCGUGCUGGCCCAACGCGCAGUGCCAGAACACCUUCGGCAGCUUCACCUGCUUCUGCAAUGAGAACUACACAGCCGUCGGGCAGUCAUGCAAGCCGGCGUGCAGGAGCGUGCCGUGCCCCAGUGACCCGUGCGUUAACGGCGGGGCGUGCUACGUGGACGGCGUGGAUGGAGGCUGCAGCGCGGCAAAGUGCUCGUGCACGCCGGUCACCCAAGGCGACAAGUGUCAGUUCGGGACCCUCACCGUCCCAGUCUCUCGCAAGCCAGGAGCUGCAAAGGUGAAAUACGCUCUGAAACUAUGGUUCAUUUCCAAGAAAUACAAUAGCAUUACAGAAGCUGUCAAAGCUGAGCUGACGAAUGCGGUCAUUAACAAACUGAAAAUAAUAUCCGGGUUCAACGCAGUAUCUCUUGAAAACUUCAGCUCUACCGGGAACUCCACAAUUAAAUCGAACUGCAUGGCCAACUUUGACUACCCACUCGACAGCAGCAUCCAUGCCAUCUACAAUGGGACCCAGCUGGCCCUCAUCAGGUCCAAGUUUGUGUUGAUGCGAUACUUGGGGAACAUUCUUCUGGAAGACAUUCAGCAGACAGUCGUUCCGCAAAACCAACUGGACCAGGUGUACAACUGUAACACCACAUUCACGGGCUACACGCUGAGCCUGCCGGAAACCAGCGGCCCUGUCUGCCUGUCCCCGUGUGCCAACGAGAACCACUGCAACAAAAACGGAGAAUGCCAGCACCUCCAGACGGGCGCCGUGUGUGUGUGUAACAACAAAGGCAUUUACCAGACGACGGGAAGCCGGUGCGAAGAGGUGACGCUCAUCUCGCGAGUGUUCUUCGCCAUCCUCUUUGGCACACUGGGUGGCAUCCUGCUACUGCUGCUGCUCGCAGGCCUGCUUGGCUACAUGCUGUACCGCCGCAAGAAGGCCUGGGACCGCUUCAGCGACACGGGCAGCCUUGGGACGAAUCGCUCGCGGUUCCCAAGUUUCUCAAGGAAAGGCUCGUACAUCCCCUGGAUAACCACAAUGCCGGAGAGCACGAUUUUGAGCGAUGCUUCAGGAAUCAAGACGCUGUCCUAUCGUGAAAACAGCAAGCCCGACCCUCACAAGGAGGUGCGUCUGCCAAGAGCGACAGCAUUUGACAACCCGGCGAUGAGCCAGUACGAGUAGCGAUCUGUGUAAGGCCCACAAGACGCCGACAUGUGGACUGCCCCACAGGAAAAGCACGUCCAACACGGUGUAUGCGGGUCAUGGUGCGUUACGUAUGAUAACCGAGAACUGUAACACGACGAUCACAUGCCAUGAAUCACUCACAAGUUGUGGUGUUCCAUUUACGCGCAGAAAACUAAAUGGCCCGUAGCAUUGUAACCCGUUUCCACAUGGAGUCGGACUUUGAUUCCAUACAAAAAAUUCGAAUGUAGGGAAUCCCAGGCCUGCCCAUGAAGAAAAACCGGCCCAGAGAUUUCGGGCUCCAGCCUAAAUUGCCAGCCAAAUUCAAGUUGAAUAUGAACGUGGAAACGGGGAGGGGCUUCUUUGGGGGGGGGGGGUGGCAACUGAAGUGCCUACUCAAGUCUGUGCAAUUCUUAAUCUUAAGUUAACAAAACCACUUUGUAGACGUCCAUGUUACAGUGCUUAGAUUAACAUUUUCGAAUCAUGACCAUGACAUGAGUUGAUGUACAAUAUGAAUGUUACAUAUUGAACCAGGUAUACAUAUUUUUGGAAUGUGUAACUAACGCGGCUACAUCGCAAGAGGCACGUCGAGGCUCCAGGCUAAAGUCCGACGGAGCUUUCACUUCCCAUGUGAUGAUGCACGCAGGUGGUGAAUCACCGAGACACUCAAAUGCAUUGGUUUCAUUAUCAGUUCCGUCUCACACAGAUACCAAUAGACUCACAAAUUGAACCACUCACACAGUUAAGUUUUUGCUCUGGAGACCAGGAGAUCGUUGAUCGAUGUUCGGUCGCCGGGGUGAUGAUGCCAUUAAGUCUUAAUAUCUCACUUCCACUCCACUCACAUGGGACCCUGAUUCUCACACAGACGCACAUAGACUUACACACAGACCCAGAUUAUCUUACAGAUACACUUGAACUCGCAUGGAGAUCCAGAAACGUGCAAGAUAUGCAUUAAGGAACUGCAAUUAUUUCGCAAUGCCUUUGUGUUCUAAUUAUCGAAAGACUCCACCUCCACUGCUCCACGUGUCGGGCGGCAGGAUGGCGCAGUGGCAACACUUGCACCUCACAGCAAGAGGAGCCUCGGUUCGCAUUACGACUUUAGCGCCGGUCUGCAUAUGGGAUUUGUAUAUUCUCACCCUUUGCCUGCACGAGUUUCUAAAAACGUACAAUGCAACUGGUAUUAACCAAACAUACCGUUUCUGAAAAAUUACUUACAAAUCACUCAAUUGUGAUAACAACAUUGCCUCCUCAAUCUGGAGCCUCGUGGCAGCCACUGCUGUGUGAUUCACAUCGCAUGUGAAUGUGAUUCUAGAGGAGUGUAGACACGUGCUGAGCCCGUGCCGUGGCUGAUGAGCCACUUGGCGAGUGUUCACACACAACACAUGCUUAUAAUACCGUAAUUAAUGCAUGUAUUUCUGCAAGGCACAUGGGAUUUAUAGUGAAACUUCGAGCUGAAGAAAUAUUAAAUAAUGUGUCUUGUUUUUAAAAACAUGUGCAUUGAGUAAAAACAUAUAUCUGUUUUCUGGAAGGGACGUUUUGUUCUUGCCAUGGUUACAUGUUUUGACCUCAGACUAUAUAUGUGAACAUUCGUACAGUUACUGUGUAUUAGACUGAAACAAAUCCCACUGAAACUAAAUUGGCAAUAGAGUGACCAUCGUUUUAUGAGGAACUGGAAUGUUUACACGGAAAAUGUUGUUUUGUUGAAAUGUUAUUUUAUUAUGGAGAGGAACAAUUACAAUAACUUUAAUAAUGACAGUACAUCGAACAAAGACAGUUUAAUAAAAAUAUAAACAAUAUUCAAAUAAAUCACAUUUUUUAAAUUACACACUUACGCCACAGUUAUCUAAAGUGAGAAAUGAAGAGGAAUGUAGCCAAAUAAAACAGGAUGAACGUUUGAGAAACAUUUGAGUUUACAUGUUGAGGCAUUGUUGAACAGUAUAAGUGACUUAUUCAUAUUUCUUCAUUGUUUUAAAAGAAUGGUUAAAAUCCCCUACAGUACAAGCAGAAAUAAAUUAUUUGACAUUAAACGUGGUGCUGUUUUAUUGUAUACAAUGUAAAGAACUCCAGUGUCGUAUAUCUAGGGGACAGUUUCACGGAUUCUCAACGCCCUUUCAUUAGGAGGGUACUGCACCAUGGCAUAGUUUACAAAUUCCACUUUAAGCAAAGUCUGUCUUCAUGUAAGUGGAAUCCUAGAGGGACCGGAGAAAACCCAGCUCACGCGUAUGGGAGCGUAAUCCGGAAAGGUGCAUACAGAUGGGUUCAACAACACACUUGCUGUACUGCCAUCUCGAGGCCACAAAGCGACCCAGCACGUUGGGGAGUUUCACUCUGCCAGCUGCUAACCCCCUGCCUCCAAAGCAAGCAAAGCAUAGCCGCCGUGCCCUGGCUGAAAUACAAUUUAAGGUUAAUUUGGUUUAACAUUGAUAAAGUCUCAGGUACAAGAGUAACCUGGGUUACCAACAUUUCAAAGGCAGAAAAACAAAUACAACAUAAAAACAAGUACAACUAUGAAGCAAAUAAAAACCAGAGCAAAAACAAGAAAAAGUGUUAUAGAGGAAAUCAAAAA